CCACUCCAGUCCAGGGGGACCGCGUACAGGCCACAGCGCACAGCACAGGGAAAACCCGAGCCGCCCUGCGGUACAACGCCGCUGGUACAAUACAAAGGCCACGCCAAAAUCCAAACCCAACCAACCAACCAACCGGUCUGCUGCUGUCUGUCUCCUGCAGUCUCGCGAUCUGCCUCUGCUCCUUCCUUCCUCUCGACACUCUGCUGCUGCGGGCCUGCGGCUGGCCGACCUGAUGAGCGCAGGGAGAUGAGGUGCAAGCUCCACCCUUACGCCAACGCCGUGGGCGUCUGCGCGGCCUGCCUCCGCGACCGCCUCCUCGCGCUGGCCGCCGAGCGCGCCCAGGCCGCCGCCGAGGCCAGCAGCGACGGGGGCUACGGGAGCAGCAGCAGCUCGCCCCCGCCCCUACACCUGCCCGCGCGGCGCCACCGCCAGCACGGCCACGACGAGGCAAGAACCGGGACGUUCCCACGCUCCGUGUCGCCGUACGUGCAGCGCCGGCGCUCCGACGCCUGCGCCUACUACGCGACCUCCUCCUCGUCGUCGUCGUCGUCCGCGUACCAGCACCAGCCGAGCCUCCUCUUCUUCCGCACGCCGCAGGUCGGGCCCGCGUUCCGCGGCGACGAGCCCGGGGACGGGGAGGACACCGGCGGCGGCAGCAGGAGGAAGCAGGCCGCGCCGCGGCGGUCCUUUCUGUCAGCGAUCUUCGGCGGCAGGCUGCGGCGGCGGCACGGGCGGGAACGGGAAGAGGCCGGCAGGAACAGGAAGGAGCCUCCCCGGCGGUCCACCUCGUGGCUCUCGGCGAUCACCCGCCGCAAGCGGAGGCCGGGCGAGGAGCCUGAGUCCUUCCCGGCGCCGCAGGACGAGGAGCCUGAGUCCCCCGGCGGCGGCAGCUGGUGGUUCCCCUCGCCGUCGCCCGCCAGACAGCAGCACCGGCGGCGGCACGGCGCGGGCUCGGGCGCCAGCGGGGACGGAGUCUCGGGGCUGGCCGUGUGCCUGAGCCCGCUCGUCCGGCCCAGCUCCGCCGGCGGCCGGCGCCGGUGCCAGCCGCCGGACCCCUCCGCGCUGGGAGACAGCCACCGGCGGCUCGCGUCGUUCGGGCGCAACGCCUCCCGGAAGCUCGCUGAUAUGGGUCGGCUCCGAUGACGCGGCCUCGCCGACCGGUCCUCGUCGUCGCCGGCGUGCCGGGGCCAAAGAUCUCUUUAUUUUGUGUAAUUUCGAAGAUGCUAUGACGGUGUUCGUUACUAGUACAGUAGUAGUAGUAGCGCUUAGCGCCUAGCUAGCCGCCACGAGAGCGGAAACAAAUUUGCAAGUAAAAUUCGAUGGUGAAGGCAGCCAAGUUUGGCAGCUGCAGCAGCAGCAGCAGCACAUUAGACGAAGACAUUGGAUU